ACUCAUUAUUAACCGUUAAUUACGUUGUCACUCAUAGCUUAUUACAUUCUUAAGUCAAAGCUUAAACAAUCUUUCGUAAAAGCAAAAUAAGUGUAAGAAAUAUAGUUUUAGUUACAGAAGAAAUUCCACACUAAAUUUUACCAAAAACAUGUGCAUUCUAAUCACAGAAGCAAAAUUGAAAAAUUUUGAAUGUUUGAACAUGAAAGAAAUAGAAUGUAAAACACCGAGCCGAAAACGAUUACUAUCUUUCUUUUGGCUGAAUACAUUUUAGUCGUCUGCAACUAAUUAGAAACAAAUUUCGUGUUAAUUGAACUGUCAAGGGGUAUUAAGCAAUCAGUUGUAAAUUCUUUGCACCCAAAAAACUCGCCAAGAAAUUUGCAAAUGCUAACAAAAGGGCGUUAAUUAAAUUUUUUCACUGCAACUUGUUCAAUAUGGAAACAGGCAACAAAACGGCAGUGGAGCGGAGGCGUACAGGAGGCCAUCGUGAAGUAGAACAGGAAAUUAGAGAAAAAUUUCGCAUUGAAGUUGAUGAUUAAAUUAUGCAGAAAAUCUAUAAGAUAUGGCAGCUUAUUAGGCAGUUGGUGAGAGAUACUAAAUAAAAAGCGGAGCUUAAAAUAUAUAAAUUUGAGCAAGACGAAGUUAAAUCAAAAUUCAUCUGAAAACGUGUACUCCUCUCAACAUAAAACCUGCAACAGCUCACUCACUCACUUCUACUAAACUAGUAGCUUAGCUGCUCUAUAGACUAUACAACAUGUCACACAACGUCGCUACAAACGCAUACCCCGAUGAACCGCAGAUCCCGACGUUGGCGCUCUUCCCGCUCGAAGAGGCUAUCGACUCGCCGUUGCUACACAAUCUCAGCACAGCGAUGGCUGUGAGCAUAGAGAAUGACACCUACAAUAUAACCAUGGAAUAUUCAUACUAUGAGAAUUGUCCAACAAAUGGUGACUCUAUUGGGCAUAUAGUGAAUUUUGUGCUCUAUGUGAUCGUUUGUGUUAUUGGUCUGUUCGGAAAUACGCUUGUGAUCUAUGUCGUGUUGCGUUAUUCGAAAAUGCAAACCAUUACGAAUGUCUACAUACUCAAUUUGGCAGUGGCUGAUGAAUGUUUCCUUAUUGGCAUACCUUUCCUGCUGCAUACCAUAGUUAGCGGUAGUUGGCAAUUCGGCAAUUUCAUGUGUAAAGCUUAUAUGGUCAGUACGUCAAUUACGCAGUUUACUUCAUCGAUCUUCUUAUUGAUCAUGUCAGCAGAUCGUUACAUAGCCGUUUGUCAUCCGAUCUCUUCGACGCAAUAUCGCACGCCACUCAUUUCGAAGUUAGUAUCCUGCUUCGCAUGGCUUGCCUCGGCCCUACUGAUGUUACCGGUUAUCAUAUUCGCGAAUACGGUAGAGCAAAGUGGACAUAUUUCAUGUCACAUCAAGUGGCCUGAGUUGGGACAUCAUGAAACCGGUUUCACUUUUAUUAUGUAUGUCUUUACGCUCGGUUUCGCUACACCGCUCGUCUUCAUACUCUGCUUUUACUACCUCGUCAUACGGAAAUUGCGUACUGUCGGCCCACAGAAUAAGUCAAAAGAGAAGAAACGUUCCCACCGCAAGGUAACACGUUUAGUGCUGACCGUCAUCACGGUUUAUAUACUUUGUUGGUUGCCCUUCUGGAUUUCACAACUAAUACUCAUCACGACUACACCUAGUCUGUGUGCUACACGCUUUGAAAUUGCCAUCUUCCUGCUUGUCGGCUGUCUCGGUUACUCCAACUCAGCGAUGAAUCCCUUCCUCUAUGCGUUUCUAAGUGAAAACUUUAAAAAGAGCUUCCGCAAAGCAUUCGCCGCCAUAACCGCCAUAAACGCGAAGGACACUACAUUCACAGCCAGCGGCACCGGCACUGUGCCUACAGCUGAGCUGCAUAGCAAGGAUAUUAGUAUGUUCAGCAAGUUGGGUAAGAAGGGUCGCAAAUUGGCGGCUAUACGACAACAACGACAAAAGCAAAAGGAGGCGCUACUAGGUGUGGAUAGUAACACAACUACUUUGCUUACAAAUACCACGUAUGGCACGGCUACGACCGCGACAACAAUGACCGUGGCCGAGACGUCCGAAGCAUUGCCGACGGAAAUUACAAAUGCCAAUCUCACGCUUACUGCGUGCUAUGACAAUGGUCAGCUGAUUAAAGGCAACAAUACAACAGCUGAAUCUUCGGAGCUGAGCGCUAUCAGUGUGGUAAAUGAGGCGACAGAGUUGCAAGCCAAUGGCGGUGUGUCACAUGCAAAUGCGGCGACGGAGCGACCGCCGGUGUUGCGCACAGAUUUAUAAGAGAAUUGAUGCAGAAUGUAUGUGUGAGUACGCAAAGUGUACUGGGUUUGGAAAACUUAGGGCAAAAAUGUACUGCUGGAGUGCUUAGCGCUUAAGUUUAAGUUUAAGUAAUCAAUCUGCGGCUGUUCGAACUGUUUAAGAAGAAAGAGUACUUACAUAAUAAAAAUAAUGACUACUGUUAGUUAUAUUUUUUUUUAUUUUUGCAACUUUAUACUAUACAUAACUAUAGCUACUUGUCCGCCACUGUAAAAAAAUUGCAUAAACUUAAUUAUUAAUUGAUAAAUACGUAUUUAUACCUAUAAUUGCUCAGCAAACAACUUAUAUGAUUAUAAAUCUUAGCUUCUAAUUUAUUUGUAGCAACUAUUUUAAUACUUAUUAAUCACUCCUAUGCUGAAAAACAAAAAAAAAUAUUUUCUACCAUAGUAUUCAAUGUCUUCUGGGUAGUAUGUGUUAAGCCCCUUACAUACUCUUUUAGGUAUUAAAUAGUCUGCUAAGUAUUUGUGUACCUGUACAUAUCAGUGAUUGUAUGUAAAUUAAUGUUCAAAUGUAAUUCAAUGGUAAAUACGUACAAAAUAUAUGUGGAUACCAACUACUAAUAAAAUAAAGUGAUGAGAACUAAUUUACCUGGUCGCAAAUAAAGUGAGUACAUAGUACGUAAGGUACUAUUAUUUGGUUUAAUUGAGUCGAUUAACGAUUACAGCAAGUUGUGGAACUCGAUGUAAUGUAAUGUAGAGGUAUUUUCUGUGCCAGUUUACUAACCACAAUAAUAAAUAGACGAAAACAUCUAAAGACCGCUCCAGCCUCUAAUUAAAUAUUAAAACAUUUAGCUUAGUCGAGUCAAUUUAACCUAAUUGAGUCAAUUAAUCAAAUUUAUUAUUCACUAAUACUCAUUUAGGAAAAA